AUGUUUUUCAAGUAUCUGGUUGUGUUUGGAGGUUUGGCAGGAUUGGCGGAGUGCUGUAAUGUGAGAUGGCUGGAUACUUCAACGGUUCAACCUUCGACUUCAACCGUCACAACACCUACGACCACUUUAACGACCUCAACUACACCAAGUACAACUGUGACAACCACCCAAACCACCACCACAGUCACAACAUCAACAUCUCCACCAACAACCACUGAACCAAAAUGCCCUUCAGGCUGGACAACCUACACAAGAACAACUGCUGCAAGAUGGUGUGUGAAAGUUAUCUUGGCAACUGUAAACCAUCAACAAGCUACGGAUUUAUGCGCUUCUUAUGGUGGAGUCAUAACUGGAUUGCAGACUGCAGCUGAACGAACCGGGGUUUCUAAACUCCUUCAAACUGCUACAUCCCUCUCGUCUUCGAUUAUCUUCAUUGGAGCGGAAAGAACAUCAGAUUGCGCCACUUCUAAUCUCACAUCAACUUGCACUAAACUAAACUCGUUCGAAUGGACAGAUGGUGUUACAACUGGAACAACCGGAUUUGUUUGGGAUCCUCUUCAACCUGAUAACAACGAGGGAAAUGAGAAAUACGCUGUAAUGACACAACAAAACUCGUCCCUCAGCGAUGUCUGCGCAACAACUGUAGUCAACGGUGCUGCCUGUGGUGCGAAACCCGCAGAUAUCGUUACACCUCCCGCAGUCACCGUAACAGAGGCGCCAAGCGGACCAUUCACAGUGUGUCCUGCAGGUUGGGCGAGCUAUACUCGUUCGAUUGGUGAUUGGUGCAUCAAAGUGUUUGUCCAGUCUUUGAACUACGACGCAGCAGUGGCGAAAUGUGCGUGGCAUGGCGGGAAACUGACAGGUUUCCAAAGUGCUCAAGAACGUGUUGAAGCCGCAACUUCGUUGUGGCAACAAACAAACAACCUGCAAGCUAGCGCAAUUGUUGGUGCGGUUCGAACCAACGAUUGUCUAAUCUCAAAUCUCACUGCAACCUGUACCGAGACAAAUUCGUUCUCAUGGACUGAUGGUGUGACAACUGGAACUGAUGCUUUUGUUGGCGGAUGGGACGAUGAACAACCCGACAAUGCAAACGGAAACCAAAUUUACGUUGCAGUCUCAGCAGUUUCUCGAACUUUAAAAGAUUUCCGAGUUGCCACGUGGAUGGGAGCAGUCUGUGGAGCACAACCCUCAGAUAUCAAACGACCUUAA